UUUUUCCAACCCCUGCCAAUUUUUCCUGCUGCGGUAUUGCGCUUUUAAAUCUCUCUCUCUUUCCCCGUUUCGACCCGUGGCCUUUUUUCUUAGCGCUUUGGCUUCCCAUAGAAGGGAGGUGUAUCAUUUGUUCUUUCUGUGUCUGAUCAGCCCCAGCAGGCAACCGUUUGCGCUCUUCGGCACCCACUCGUCCAAAGAAAACCUGAAUUCGGGCAAUUUCAGCUUCCCCUCGGAAGGGCACCUGCUUCGCAACACGGGCCUGGCUGGCAGCGUCGCCAAGCACAUGGUGGUCCAGUGUGUCUCCCCCAAGGGACCCCUGGCUUGUUCCCGGACCUAUUUCUUUGGCGCCACUCACACUCCUUACCUGGGGAAUGGAGAUGGAUUGGAAAAGAAAACAGAAGAAGUUAAACUCUUGUCUCAGAUCUAUUUUGCUGUGGUGGAAGCUGUCCUGGCUGGCAUAGACACCUUCUCAAAAACCUCCCAUGUUACAAAG